UGAAAUCCCGGUUUUUUUUAAUUUGAUAAUACGAAUACAACUGAACUCGAAAUAAUCUUUUAUCGAAUCAUACAUAAAUUGCAAAUCGUUUCGUGUAUAAUUUUCCGCUUUUAAUUUUAAUUACUUCUACUUGGUGUACGCAUAAAAUAGCUAUGGAGUCAGACGCAAUACAAAUAGUGAGGAAUAGAAUGGUUCGAUCGGUUCGAUUAAACACUGGUCGCUGCGUUAUUCCCGGCUGCUCGGCGUCUGCUGGGUGCGUCGGAUGGAACAAUGUAGUAUUUUUCGACAUGUCCUUUGGAGAUUUACCCCAUUGGUGGGACAGUACGACUUGGGCGGCGGAACAUAAAACUGAGCUCCCAAUGAAUGCAAAAAUCUGUGAAAUGCAUUUCGAAGAACGUUUUAUCGACCGAAGUAAAAAGAAAGCUCGACUUAUGGUGGGAACCAUACCGACACUGCAACUUCCUGAAGUAGUCGAGCAAGAAAAUAAAUCCGAAACAGAUGAACACAUAUGUCAGUUCUGCCCCAAGGCCUUCCAAACGAUUGAUUCGUACGAAAUACAUCUCGAGAAACAUAGUCAGAUUCUGAGAUAUGAAUGUCAUAUGUGUUCUGAAGUGUACAACACUUCCGCCAACCUGAUUCUGCAUCAACUAAAGAAUCAUGCCCAGAACGAUAACUAUACCACUAAAUCUUGGAUCGAGCACUAUACUGUGCUAAAUCGGAGUCCAAUGCACUUAAAAUGCAACUACUGUGACCUGUACGAAGCCAACAAUAUGAGCACUAUGAUUUCUCAUUUAAAGUGUCAUGUGCAGGAAUACGAAUGUGACCAGUGUCAGAAAAAGUUUUCUACGGCCACGAGGCUGCGAAAACAUUUGGCCACACACAAACUGGGGAAGAAGAGAAAAAAUGCCAAAGCCAAAGAUUCACAUCCAGAGUGCACUCGUGAACUGCGGAAACGCAGUAAACGGCGAAAACCCUAUCCGAAAGUUCCAAUACGACAAAGCGCUGAUCAUUGUUUCAUUCCCGGUUGUUCGGCGUACGUCGGAUGGAACGAUGUGGCAUUCUUCAACAUGUCCUUUGGAGAUUUGCCUCAUUGGUGGAGGGGAACGGCUUGGGCGGCCAAGUAUAAAACUGAGCUGCCAAUGAAUGCAAAAAUCUGCGAAAUGCAUUUCGAAGAACGCUUCAUAGACCGAAGUAAAAAGAAACCUCGACUAAUCAUGGGAACCAUACCGACACUGCAACUUGCUCUUCUGGAGCAGGUUAUCGAGGAAGAGAAUAAACCGGAACCGAAAGAAUAUUUUUGUCGGCUCUGUGCCAAGAGGAGUGUUACUAAAUUCAACGGACGAUUGGAUCAACUUCCCGGUUUGGAGGAAGUUACCGAAUGCUGCAUGGGGAAGUAUAAGAAUCAGUUGGGACUUCCACUUGGGGUUUGCGACCAUUGCAUACAAAUUAUGAAACAAUUUGCAAAUUUCGUUAAGAAAUGUGAACAGUCUCAGAAACAAUUGCUACUACGGUUUAAUGUUAACAGCAAGAACGACACAGUGAAAGAACCUACUUCGAAGAACAAAGCCUCCAGGACGACACCGUUGAAUAGCACAGGCAAAAAGAAACCGUCUCGACGUGAUUUAUUAGAGCAAUCGAAUUCGGAUGACUCGGAAGAUUUGCUGUCCAGUCCAACAGAGCAAGGCGAGGUUAACUCCGAAUGGCGAACCUGUCUGGAUUGUGGUAGAAUAUUCAAAGAUCUCGCCAAUUAUCAUCGGCACGUGAAAACUCACAACGAUAGCGAGAAUGGUUAUGUUUGCCAGAUAUGCGAUAAAAGAUUCCAGUCGACAAACGACCUCCGUUAUCAUUUGGAUUUGGUGCACGAUGAAAAAAGGUCCAAGCGUCCAGCCAGGGAACUAGAAACCGACACCGAAUCCAACGAGCACAAAUGCUUCCGUUGCGAUAAAGUUUUUUCUUCUCCGGCCAAUUUGAAGGUUCAUAUUUUAGCACACAGCGAUACGAAGAUUAUAUGCGAUAUCUGCGGUUCUGCUUUCAGGACAAAACAAAUGCACAUGCAACAUUUGAUUCAAGCACACAGUUUGGAAUUCAAUGAAAACGAACAAAGCGGCACACCACGGAAACGGCUGAGAAAGGGUGGCAUACAACUGAUUCAGCUUUGCGAUUGAAUUACCCCGGAAGAUGUCAAUCCGGCGAAUUUUUUUCCGUUUUCCAACUCAAGCUUCGUUUAGAAUAAGCUCUGUUUUAAAUCACAGGUAUCACUUAUGAUACAAAUUCCAUUAGUAUCGAUUCAAUUGAAUAGGUAAGGUAAACGAGUAUUACAAUAGUGGUUAAAUAUUCAGUUGAAAUAAAAACAAAACGAACAAUAA